AUCCCUAAUUCCCCAGCUUUUCCCAUUCUCUGCCCACCUGCUUCUUCAUCUCGUAUUCUCACUCAUACUUCAAGUUUGUAUUCAUCGGCGAAGUCGCCGAGCUCUCUUCACUCCUCAGUCCUCACUGCUUCAGUACAUUUAACUUGUUGGCUUGAUCAAUGGUGACUUACUAGCGGAAAACGCCAAGUUUUCCUAUGUGGUGCGUGAUUUUCCAGAACCAUUUUUGAUUGAUUCAGUUAUUUUUACGUUUAGAUUUGGAAUGCCAAUGCUCUCUAUGCUGUUGGAUUAAUUCUGGAUAGUGAAAAGGAAGCUCAUAUAAUUGAAGGAGGGGGCUUUAGGCAGUGAAAAGCUUAAAAUGAAUUUCAUGCAAGAGGAUGAUGUGCUUCUGGAGACUACACGGGCUAAGUUUUCAAAUGUUCUUAAAAGGCAUGGAGAGCUGGCAGAGCGUCUUUCUAGGGACUCUGAUAAGACAAUUUUUGAGCGUUUGCAUAGGGAAUUUGAAGCUGCUCGUGCUUCCCAAGCUCAAGAAAUUAGCUUGGAAGGUGAACAAUGGAACGAUGGCUUAUUAGCUACAAUAAGGGAGCGGGUUCACAUUGAGGCUGACAUAAAGGCCAUGCAAAUGCCAGGGGAUACAGCCCAGUCUCCAAUUCCAUGUCAAGAAAAAGUUACAUAUAAAAUUGGUAAUAAGGUGAUCUGUUGUUUAGAAGGAGCAAGAAUUGGUAUACAAUAUGAAACAUCUUUUGCUGGAGAAACUUGUGAGCUUUACCACUGUGUGCUUGAGAGCAAGUCAUUUCUUGAGAAGAUGACUGUUAUUGAGCACACAGUCCCUUUUUUCCUGCCAAUACGGGAAGCUGAAAAUGAGUUUCUCUCUUCAAAUGCAAUGAAAUUCAUAGACCAUGUGGGAGAUCUGUUGCAGGCCUAUGUAGAUAGACGAGAGCAGGUUCGACUUAUUAAAGAGUUGUAUGGGAAUCAGCUUGGACAGUUGUAUCAUAGUCUUCCAUAUCAUAUGAUUGAAUUUGUGCUUGAUGAUUUUGAUUGUAGGAUAACUGUGUGCCUUAGAUACGCUGACCUUGUGUCUACACUACCAACUGAGGUCAGUGUUGUGGCAUGGCCAGCGAACCACUCAAAGAAGUCUUCAAAUUUUAUUGCUUCAACCAGGAAAGGAAAUUACCCGGUCCCUGAACGUCUGACUUAUGCAGAGGAGGCACUACGAACCAUGAGCCUUCCAGAAGCAUAUGCAGAGAUUGUUCUGAACCUUCAACAAGCUCUGGGAGACGUGUUUCUGCCAGAAGGUCCUGCGUAAUUACAGCAUGCAUUCCGGGACCAAGAAUCACCAUCGGUAUAGCAAGACUAACAACAAUGGCGUCGAUUGCUCCGUGUAAAAAGAGAUGAGUGCAGAUGAAGUACAUUAAUGUGUAAAUCCUCACCAAUUCCUUUUUCUGUUGUUGAACAUGAAGCUCAGAGUUGAGAUUUUUUUUUUUUUUCUUUGAGGGUUGGGGGUUUGGUCAGUUCAGGGAUUUGGGAUCUCCUCUUUGGGCACUGCUCCAACAUGGAGAACUUUUGGAAGUAGGAAAUCUUACAGGACAUCAUAUUAAAUGUUAGCUCAUUGCAGUUUCAACAUUAUUUAUCGCGAAUUAUGAUAGCACAAAACUUUUAAA